GGAUUGAUUAGAUUAUUCUUGAUUCAGCAGGUGAAGAAGACAGCAAGAGGCCAGGUCGGAUGCAGCAACCGCUCAACAGUGAGCUCAUUAUGCCUAAAGAGCAACUCUUUGACAUGUUUCAGCAAAUCUUAGGCAUCAAGAAAUUUGAGCACCAGCUGCUGUUCAAUGCACUUCAGCUGGACAGCCAAGAUGAACAAGCUGCAGCUAUCCGGAGAGAGUUGGAUGGACGCAUGCAAAAGGUUGCAGAACUAGAGAGGAAUCGCAAGCUGAUGCCCAAGUUUGUGGUGAAAGAAGUGGAGUCCCUUUAUCUGGAGGAGCUUAAGACUUCAAUAAACCUCUUGAUGGCCAACCUAGAGAGUCUUCCUGUUUCAAAAUGUUCACAGGAAGGCAAAUAUGGGUUACAAAAACUCAGAAAGUACAAUCAUAGCAGGUCUCAGAGCUUGUUAAGUGGCUGCGAUAGUGACAGUAUGGACAACGAAGUGACGCUUUCCAAGAUGGAUGUUGUCCUGUCCUUUGCUCUUGAGGUGCUGGUGAUGGAGGUGCGGGAGAUCAAACAUCUACCACCAAACAGAAUAGUUUACUGCACGAUGGAGGUGGAGGGUGGAGAAAAGCUUCAGACUGACCAAGCAGAGGCAUCAAAACCAAUGUGGGACACACAAGGGGAUUUCACAACAACACAUCCACUACCUGGUGUCAAAGUAAAGCUGUAUACAGAAUCAGCAUCUAUGCUUUCCCUAGAUGAUAAGGAACUAGGCAAGGUUGUUCUACAUCCCACAGCCAUGUCAUCCAAGGCAUUUGCAUGGUUCAGUGACCUUUUAGUGGAGCACGCAGAGAUCUUCUGGUCCCUGUUUGCUGUGGACAUGGAUCAAGUAUUAGCAGAACAACCCCCUGAUACCUGGGACUCCUUCCCACUCUUCCAGAUACUAAAUGACUACCUAAGAACAGAUGAUAACCUAAAAAAUGGACGGUUUCAUCAACACCUCAGAGAAACAUUCGCUCCAAUGGUUGUUCGAUAUGUGGAUCUGAUGGAGUCUUCAAUAGCCCAGUCCAUCCACAAAGGCUUCGAGAAGGAACGGUGGGAGAAUAAGGGAGGAGGCCGUUGGUAGAAAACACACAAUCCAAGAUUAAUUAUUUGCUUAGUAAAAUAUAAUAUUUUAUUUAUUUAUUUUCUUAUUUGUGUUAUUUUUGUUUUAUGCUUGCACUAAUACAUUUUUUACAGUCAUACUGAAACAACAUCUUUAUACUAGCAUUUUCUGAAAAUAAGGUAACACAUUUUUUUUUCUUAAUAUGUGAACUGGUAAAAACUGGGAUACUAUCAUAACAGUAAUGUGAUUUUUAUAUUGUUAUUUUUAUAUAAUGAGAAUGAACUCAUGAAUAUGGCUACUCUGAUUUCCAGGAUAGAGUGAGAUGUAAAGCAGCUUUCUAGAAUAGACUGAAAUUUAAACCUGGAGAUAGUGAUAUUGAAAUUAGAUCAUCCCAUCCUCA